CUAAAUUAAAAAGCUGGAAUUUUUUUAACACUUUAUUUAAUUAAUAAGCUAUCAAAUCAGUUCGUGAUGCAGAUUUGAUUACAUAGGAAAUUAGGAAUCUGCAUCAGCUAUCAAAUCAGUUCGUGAUAGUCCAUAAACUUUUUAACAGUUGCAUAACUUAACAUUUUGUCAGCAAACACGGUCACAACAUAUACAUACACGCACAUAGGUUACAGCCGUACGUAAUAAUAUCACACAAAUACCAAAUAGUAAGAAAUAGUAUUUAAUAUCACCACAUCUCUUCCUCCAAUGAGGAUGGAGAUACAGUCUGCUGACGUGUCAUUUCUCUCCAUUACACCUCGUUUCCUGUCUUCUUCUUCUUCCAGAUAACCCCAUCACUAACCAACAACAACAUUGUGAUGUCGGAAGACCAUCGCCGUUGGAUGGAUCAGACUGCCUCAUGUGGCUAUUUCUCUUUAGACAUUAGCAACUAUCAGCAUAGUGGUCACUCCUAUGCAAGUAAUAGAGAAGAAGAGAUUAAAAACCCUAAUCAAAGUAAUUACGGUAAGCGCAGCAAGAAAGAUACAAGAGUCUGUGGAAGCUUUAGACACUCGUCAAAAGCUUCGGUGGUGAGAGGACAUUGGAGACCGGACGAAGAUGCUAAGCUGAAGAAACUAGUCGCCCUCGACGGACCCCAAAACUGGAACCUCAUCGCCGAAAAGCUCCAAGGAAGAUCCGGGAAAAGUUGUAGGCUUAGAUGGUUUAACCAACUAGACCCCAGGAUAAACAGGAGAGCCUUUAGUGAGGAAGAAGAGGAGAGGCUAAUGCAAGCUCAUAAUCUUUAUGGUAACAAAUGGGCGAUGAUAGCAAGGUUUUUCCCGGGAAGGACUGAUAAUUCUGUGAAGAACCAUUGGCAUGUUAUAAUGGCUCGCAAGUUUAGAGAACAAUCUUCUGUUUACCGCAGGAGGAAGACGGUGAUUCCUCUUAAGCCACUCGUUAACCCUAAUCCUCAGUACUCUUGCAAUGAUUUUGAUCCUUCUAGGUCAGAUACGAUCCACCUUGUUAGUAAUGACAAGAAGAACCACCUUACGUUACCAAUUCCUUGCUUCCCAGGUUAUGCUCAUGGAAAUGAGAGCCCGUUGAUGUUGGGAAUGCUUGAAAACCAAAUGAUGGUGGACGACCACUCUGCACGGACACGAGAGGCUACUACAUUCGAUCUUUUAAACCAAACCGAGAAGUGUGAGAUGCUUGGUGAGGGCAUGAUGAAUGAGGAGAAGAAACCACACUUUUUCGAUUUUCUUGGUUUGGGGACAGUGUGAUCAUCAUCAUGAACAAGAGGGAGAUUAGAUUAGUUAGCAAAAGUAUAAGAUGAUCCAAGUCUAUUCAAUGUAGUUUUGUCGCGCUAAUUAAUUGAUUAAUUUUGUCCUUAACUAGUCCCAUGCAACAUUCUUAAAGCCGUGUUAGUUACGCACGUACCACUCUUUGGUGAUUUAAUGCUUAUGCCAAAUUGUCUCACUUUCAAAAGAAAAGAUGAUUUGAAUUAUAAACAUGUACCACUUUAUAGUUCUAACUAGCUCUAUAACUUAUACGAAAAUGUCGCAUUCCAUCAUUAAUGUGGAGGGAGAGUAACAACAUGUUUCGUAUAUGAAGGGGAAGGUGACAUAUGUUAAAGAAGGGACGAUGAUGUGGAACUAAGAAGCGACAAAAAGGAAAGUAACAGAGAGAUCUGAGAUAGAGAAGUCAAGUUAAAGAGAAUAAUGUACGUUUGUAUUUAUUUGGAGUAUGCAGAAAAUUAACAAUACCAUGCGAUAUUGAUGAGGUCACACAACUUGCAAGAUUCAGGCUCACAGCCUCAGCUUGUGCAACAAAAAGUCCAAACAUCUAUUCUUAAUUAUUCUCACACCAUUGCAUUUUUUUCGUUCCCCCCAAGCAAAAUCCUUUUCUCCUUUCAUUGAUUCUUAUGCUAGCUAACUUAUGCAUCUC